AUGCGUCCAGAAUACCUGCCGCCUCUGAUCAUUCCCAAGAGGCGCACCCGAACCCCCAUCCUCGUGGCCACUUGUCCGCGGCGGCAAGAGCAAGAGAAGCAGCAGCAGCAGCAGCAGCAGGACGAGGAGGAGAAGGAGCAGGAGCAGCAACCCGGACAGCGCCCGCUUCCCAUUUUUCGGCCUUCGUACCGGACCCCGCCGGCGACCCUACCCGCCACGGCGUUUCCGAACCCGCCGCCGGAGCGGAAGCCCGACGAUAUCGACGACAUCGAGGCCUUCAGCUUCUACAACCCCUGCCUCCUCCCUCCGUCGCCGGUCGCGCCGCCGUUCGAGACUCGCUCGUACACCGACCCGAGCCACGGCAUUCCUCCCCUCGAGCCGGCACCGGCGCCACCCCUGCCCGACUACUCGCCGCAGCGGUGGCGACAGCGGCAGCGGCAGCGGCAGGAGGGGGAUCCAUUGCCACCGCGACCUCGUCCAGGGUCCGCCCAGCCGGGGCUCCGCCGGUCGACCCAGCCGCUGAACCGCGACUACCGGCGGCGCGGAGGCAACCGCGCGGCCGCCAGCGUGCCGCCUCCCCCCUUCCGGCCGCCGCGAACCCCUCCGCCGGCGCGGCCGGACCCGGAGCUGCCGCCGUCUCCCUUUUCCAUCCAGCGAUCGCCCUCGCGCCUGUACGCACGACCGCCGCUGCGAAGAGGGGGGCCGAGGCCGGGGGCGGGGCCGGGGACGGGGCCGGCGGCGCAGCAGCAACAGCAGCAGCAGCAGCAGCAGAAGCAUCAGAUCAGCCUCCCCAGGUGGGACACAUGCGGACCGCCGGGCUUCGACGCGUCGCGCCCGCCGUCCCCGGUGGUGGCGGCGCACCGGCGGCCGGCGAAGCCGCCGGUGGAGUGGGAUGCCAAGAGCAUGAGCAGCAGCGUCUACUCCAUGUACACCGACGACGUUGUGCAGAGCCCCUAUUACAGCCACAGCCACAACAACAACGACGACGACGACAACGACAACAACCUCUACGACGACGACGACGACGACGAUGACGGUUCCUCGACCCCGGGCUCAUGGGGCCGGCGAGACGGCGGGGCUUACGUAAACGUAACGCCAUGCCUCGCGGUACGGCCGCCGGGCCAGGAAGGCAGAAGAGGAGGAGGAGGAGGAGGAGAAGGGGGAUACAAGGAGAAGGAGGAGGCUGCGUUGCGAGACCUGUGGGGCGUGAUUGACGAGCUGUUGGGGCCGGACAGGCGGCUUGGGGACUACGACGCUAUGAGCAUCACGAGCAGCAUGAACGGCGAGAUGGCGGCGGCAGCGGCAGCAUCGGCCGCCGGGUAUCAUUCAAGGCCUUCGGCUCCGCGGGCGAGCCACUCGAACAGGGAGAGCAGACAGAGCGGCGUGUCUGGAGAGGGAGCGUGGUGGCGUGCCGUGCGACAGGGUCUGUUGCUGUCGUAG